AUGGCUUCCAGCACUUUUGUUACGCUCAGCAAUGGAGUCAAGAUGCCCAUCUUUGGAUUGGGAUCAUGGCAGGUGAGUUUUUUGCUGUUGGAGACUGGCUUUAUCGUGUUAGCUUCCUCACAGAUAGUUUAAAUACUUUUUAGUCGAAAGCCGGAGAAGUUGGUGAUGCAGUGACUGUGGCUCUUGAUGCCGGUUACAGACUCAUCGAUACGGCUGCCAUCUACCAAAACGAAGAGGAGAUUGGAGACUCUCUUCAGAAAUACUUCCAAUCCGGAAAGCUGAAGAGAGAAGAUGUUUUUAUCACUACGAAGGUAAGUCUAAUAAUGAGGUUUUAUUUUUUUUUCAGGUGUGGUGCUCUCACAAUCGUCCAGAGGAUAUUGAGGGAGCUUUGAAAGACUCGUUGAAGAAGCUGAAAACCGAUUACGUUGACCUUUACCUCAUUCAUCAGCCUGCCGCUUUUAACGUAGGUUGUUUUUGUUACUUAAUGAUGUUUUUACACAAGUUUAUGUAAUUUUUUUAGCAUGAAAUGACCGAACAAGAUCAUUCGGUCAAGGUUGAGGAUACCUGGAAGGGAAUCGCCGGAGUCUACAAGCAGGGAUUGGCCAAGGCUGUUGGAGUUUCCAACUUCAGCGAAGAACAGAUCGAGAGGAUCCUUAAGUCUAGUGAUGUCCCCGUCCACAACUCGCAAGUCGAACUUCAUCUUUAUUUCCAACAGAAGAAGCACGUUGAGUUCUGUAAGAAGCACAACAUCUCUGUAACUGCUUAUGCUCCAAUGGGAUCUCCCGGCCGAUCAAAGUUUGUUCUCCCUAAUGGACGGUAAGUUUUUAUAUUACAAGUACAUUUUGUUGCUAAUCUGGUUCUUUUGUAAUCUUUUUAUGUUACAGAACUCAACAAUGGCCAGUUGCCGAAGAACCACUGGAAAACGCAGAAGUUCUGAAGCUGGCCGAGAAGUACAAGAAGAGCCCGGCUCAAAUCUUGCUCCGUCAUCUUCUCCAGAACAAUAUUGCCAUUAUACCGAAGAGUGUUACCCCCAAAAGAAUCCAGGAGAAUGCUCAGAUCUUCGACUUCGAAUUGACUGCUGAUGAAAUCAAAACCCUCAACUCUCAGCCCCAGGGAAGUAGAUUCUUCCUCCAGGACUUCAUGAUCGGCCAUCCAGAAGAUCCAUGGAAAUCAGAAAGACCUCAGUAA